UAGAAGUACGUAGACCUAAUGCCGACAACAGCUUCUCCAAAUCGGCCACUGCAUCCCCGCCGUUCCCGUGUCUGCUACGUUUUCCUCGUCGUACUAACCCUAAUCUUUAUCAUUGCUGUAGGUUUUCUCAUUACAUGGCUUGUAACCAAACCCAAAAAGCUUCAUUACAGUCUCGAAAAUGCCUCGGUCCAAAAUUUUAACCUCACGGACGACAAUCACAUGUCCGCUACGUUCAAACUUACCAUCCAGUCUCAUAACCCUAACCACCGAAUAUCUGUCUACUACAAUUCCGUCGAGAUAUACGUGAAAUUCAAGGACCAGACGCUUGCGUUCGACACGAUGGAGCCGUUUCACCAACCGCGGAUGAACGUAACGCAAAUUGAUGACACUUUGGUUGCACAGAACGUCGCCGUUUCUAAAUCCAGUGGUAAGGAUUUAAGGGAUCAACAUUCCUUGGGAAAGAUCGAGCUUGAAGUGUAUGUUAAGGCGAAGGUUAGGUUUAAAGUCGCGGUAUGGAAAUCAUCACAUCGAACGGCUCAUAUUAAGUGCUCUCAUGCCACGGUCUAUUUGUCGCAGUCAAACAAAUCGCUUAACAGUUCUUGUGAGGCUGAUGUUUGAUUAGCAAGUUUGUAUUGUCACAUUAAUAAUCUUCUCGCUUUACUUCAAACAUGCACGAAAAAGAUCUAUAUUGUUUUAACGGAUAAUAAAACCAAGCAAAAAAAAAAGCGAAUAACGGAUUUACGUGGUUCAUCGAUGGGACAUUGGCUAUAUAUGUUUACCA